AUGGGUCCAGAAUGGGACGAUGGCCUACCGUACUUUACAGCCUUCUAUUUCUCAUUUAUAUCUCUGACUACUAUCGGUUUGGGCGAUGUUAUGCCGAAUAAUGUGCCUGUAAGUUUGAAUCGAUAUUGUAGAUCCAAAAAAAAAACGUUUUCCAGUACGCUCCGCCAGUUUCGAUCAUCUUUUUCGUCGGGAUGGCCGUCACAAAAGUGGUGAAUCGUGCCACGUUCAUCGCCGUCGAAAAUGGUGUUUUCGGUGGGCUUGUGUAGAGGAAAUGGGCAAAAAGUGGACGUUUUCAGGUUUGAUGACGUUGGCCGAGACCAAAAUCGAUAGUUUUUUCACUAAACGCUCUCCUAAAGAAGUGCACAAUAUCAGACCGGCUAAAAAGUGUGCUAGACCAGGAGUUGUCACCAGAAGUUCAUCGGAUUCUUCUUCCGCAUCUUCAUCCGACGCUUCCAGCCUUUCUUCCAGCUCUAACUCGUCUGAAACUUCUGAAAACCUGGUAAAGAUGUUUUUUUUUCAAAAUCUCCAUGAAAUUCUAUGCAGAACGGUAGCUUUCGGAGCGUUUUUCGUUGGUGGCCUAGUUUUCCAACUUGGUGGCCUAACUUUCCAAAUUUUGCGCGCAAACUCGGUUUUUGAAGCAAAUUUUAGUGUUAGAACCAUCGUUGGCGAGAUUUUCACAAAAUGUUUCGCAAUUUUCAGACCGUCGACCGGCGUCGGAACGACCUAAUGAACGGAUUCACGGUCCGCUCGAUCGCCACGUUUAUGCGCUCGAACCACGACGUUUACGGCGGCGGAUUCGGACGGGUUCAGUUGAGAAGAGGUGAUCUGAUGAACAACGCUCAUACCGUAUCCGGAGCUCAUGGAUUUAGGGUCCGGCCUACGCCGCCUUGA